AUGGCUACCAUCAACAUUCGCCACGAUGUUGCCGAUCCCUUCUACCGCUACAAGAUGGAGCGCCUCCAGUCCAAGAUCGAGGGCAAGGGCAAUGGAAUCAAGACCGUUGUCGCCAAUCUCCCAAGCGUCGCGCAGUCCCUAGCUCGUCCUCCUGCCUAUGUUAUCAAGUGGUUCGGCUUCGAGUUGGGUGCUCAAACCAACACGAACCCCAAGGAUGACCGCUGGAUCAUCAACGGUGCCCACGAGGCCUCCAAGCUGCAAGACUCCCUCAACGGCUUCAUCUCCAAAUACGUGCUCUGCAAGUCCUGCAAGAAUCCCGAGACCGAGAUCAAUAUCAAAGACGGUCGCAUUCUCCUCGAUUGCAAGGCUUGUGGCCAGCGCACCGAUGCAGACAUUCGUCACAAGCUCGGAGGCUUCAUCAUCAAGAACGAAAGCGAGAGUGGCAAGAAGGGCAAGAAAGUGAAGAUGUCUCGCCGCGAUCGCGCCAAAGCCGAGGCCGAAGCCGAGCAGACUGGCUCUACCAACGGCGCCAGCCCGCAUGACUCACACUCCGAUCAAGACAAUCAUGUCGAAGAUGACGGAGAGCUGGCAGCCGGCAGUGAUGACGAGUUCAUCGUUGCUGCCAAGGAGAUUGACACCAAUGGCACUGCCAAAGAAGAGGAAUGGGCCAUCGACACCUCCGCUGAAGCCAUCGCUGCUCGCGCCAAGGAACUCCCUUCCGACCUCAAGCGCUCCCUAGCUUUCGACGAUGACGAGGAAGGCGGCGAGAACGGCACAAGUGUCUACGACGAAUUCGGUGACUGGCUCGACGCGCAAGCCAAGGAGAAGGGCAAGUGCAGCGCUAUCGACGAUAUCGACAUCUACAAGAAAGCCAAGGAUCUAGGCAUCGAGAGCAAGUCCAAGACCCUCACCGUCCUGGCUCAGACCGUCUUCGACGCGAACGACAUUGUCAAGCAAAUCCCCAAGCGUGCUGGCAUGUUGAAGAAGAUGAUCGGCGAGAGCGAGAAGCACCAGAAGGCACUCUUGGGCGGCACCGAGCGCUUCGUGGGUAACGACCACCCUGAGCUCGUCAAGCAGAUCCCAAACAUCUUGAUGGCUUACUACGAGCACGACUUGGUCAGCGAGGAGACUGCACGUGGAUGGGGCAGCAAGGCUAGCAAGAAGUAUGUGGAUAUCAAGGUCAGUCGCACUGUCAGAAAGGCGGCCGAUCCGUUCAUUACCUGGUUGGACCAGGCCAGCGAGGAGGAGAGCGAUGAAGAGUAG